GAACAGUUCUUCUUCUAAAAGAAAAAGCCUCACCUGAACCAAUUAAACUUCACCAAAGUACAACUUAUGACAUAAAUGAUGGUACAAAACAAAUUUCAGACGAGUACGAAAUUAAAUUAGCCACACUUUCGUAUACCAGUAUUUUUUUACCGGUGUUAUCACACGUUUUUGUUAAUAUAGAAGAAUUAUCAAAAAUAUUAAAAAAUGGACCCGAAAAAAAGUAUUGGGGAAUUAUAGCAACUAGCCAAAAAGCUGUUAAAGGGUUAAAGCUUGCUUGGAACAACUCGUUCAACGAUGUUACUGAAGUAGAUUCUUUUAUCAAAGAAAAAAAUUUAUGGAAAAAUUUACCGUUUUUUGUGGUAGGCAAAGCAACAGCAAAAGCAGCCGAUGAUCUGAAUCUCAAUACAUUAGGACUAAAAUCGGGUAAUUCAGAAUCCCUUGCAGAAUAUAUUAUCCAAUCUCAUAGUGAGAGUAACCCAACCGCAUUAUCCCUCUUAUUUCUAACGGGUGAUAAACGUCUUGAUAAGCUUCCAACACGAUUAUCAGAAGCUGGAAUAAAACUGGAAGAAUUAUUAGUCUAUGAAACAAGACCUGACGAAAACUUUUCCACAGAAAUG